AAGUUUCCGUUGUGCUGCAAAGAGAAACUGGGGUCUAUAUCUGAGGAUGUUGUAGAUGAAAUCAGAGAGAGUUACGCCACAUGGGGUGAGAGAGUGCCUGGGCACAAGAGCGUAAAAUGUUGAGUAAGAAGGGGAGGAGAGAACAGGGGAGGAGAGGGGUUGAGAUUGUUUAGGAAGGGUGAGUGGUUAUUUGUCUGUCUUGUUCUGCCCUCCCUUGCUCUCUCUCUUUCAGGGUUUUCUCUUUAUACUUUCUCUUUACAAACUGAACGGGAAAGAGACUGUUUAAAAAAUAUCGGCUACUUCUGGAGAACUGACCAAGGAAAUUGAGGAUUUAUGAAGUGAGGACUUUAUGAAUGCAGGCUUGAAAAAACACAAUUUUUAAAGAUUGUUUGUAAACAGUUUUUAGAGCUUGUUUGUAAACAGUUUUGAGAGAUUAUUUGUUUGCACUUUUCUGGACAAGACGUUUCCCCUCCACUCUUUCUAAACCACAGCAGCUGUCUCCAUUCCUGUUGGACUAUGGUAUAUUCUGGCGCUCUGCCCCUAUCUGGGUUACCUGAUUUCAUUGGAUUAUUCUUUGGAUUACUGAGGAACACUGGUGAAGAUAUAUUGGAUAAAGUGUGCUCUUUUCAACUCAAGCUGUCAACCAUAAAGAUACAAUGAAAUCAGUUACUAAGCUGUCCAUGCCAGACAUGACAGACAUCUAGACCACUCCCUCAUUCAACUGUCACAGAUAGGGCUACCAGACACAAACCGCCAGGCUGCACUGAACAGAUCCCACUCGGACUAACACACCACAACCAGGAAUCCCUCCUCAGGACAAUGGCCACGGGAGGGAACGGGCUAGGAUCUGACCGGAGCCUGACAUCCACCUCCCAGCCGCCCAGUGCCUCUGACCGGAGCCUGACAUCCACCUCCCAGCCGCCCAGUGCCUCUGACCGGAGCCUGACAUCCACCUCCCAGCCGCCCAGUGCCUCUGACCGGCGGCAGGUGGACAAGGCCCUGAAGAGGCUGGAGAAGCUGCAUCGGCUGUGUACCAACCCCAGGCUGGGCCUGAGGAACAGCCCCCCGUACCUCCCCGAGGUGGUCUCAGAGACAGCCACGCUGCUCACCCAGGUGUGGGAGCCGUACAGGGGGCCUGCUGCUGGGGGGCAGGCCCCCCGGGGGGAUGAGGGGGAGUACCUGAGGAUCCAUGCAAGACACCUGCUGGAUAAGACUAACCGGGCCGUGCUGCUGUUUAAAGAGGGGCGCGAUAAGAUGUUCGAGGAGAUGUCCAGCUACAGGAGAAACUUGACCAAGCUGUCCCUGCUCUUCAGUCACAUGCUCUGGGAGCUGAGGGCCAUGUUUCCAGAGGGAAGAUUUCAAGGCGACACCUACAGGCUGACUAAGACAGAGGCCGGAGAGUUCUGGAGGCGAGCAUUUGGAAACAAGUGUAUUGUGCAGUGGAGCAGUUUUAAGCAGCAUCUCCGUAGGGUCCAUGGCUUUGAAGAGGGGAUGGAGUCCAUGGCUCUAAAGUCAACUGUAGAUCUCACCUGUAACGACCACAUCUCAGUGUUCGAGUUUGACAUCUUCACCAGGCUAUUCCAGCCCUGGAGGUCUCUUCUGAGGAACUGGAACCAGUUGGCAGUGACCCACCCCGGCUACAUGGCCUUCCUCACCUACGACCAGGUCAAAGCCCGCCUCCAAAACUACCUGCACCGGCCCGGGAGCUACAUCUUCCGUCUGAGCUGCACUCGGAUGGGCCAGUGGGCCAUUGGUCAUGUGACUGGUGAUGGCAGCAUCGUACAGACGAUCCCCCAGAAUACACCUCUCUACCAGGCCCUCAUCCAGGGCUUCAGGGAGGGCUGCUAUCUUUACCCUGACGGACGUGAUGUGAACCCAGACCUCACCAGUCUGUGUGAACCAGCACAGAGAAGCAGGGUCAAAGUCACAGAGGACGAGUAUGAGAUGUACUGUGAGAUGGGUAGUACCUUCCAGCUGUGUAAGAUCUGUACAGAGAGAGACAAGGACACACGCAUCCAGCCCUGCGGACACCUGCUGUGCCAACCCUGCCUCACAGGAUGGCAGAAGUCGGAUGGACACACCUGCCCAUACUGUCGCUGUGACAUCAGAGGGACAGAGUCCAUCCUGGUGGAGCCUUACCUGUCUGUCAGCGAGGAAGAUGAAGAUGAAGAUGACCUGGAGGAUGUACAGCUAGUCAUGAAAAAACUAGCCUAUAUGAAGAGGAUGUCGUCUGAAGAGUACCAGUUCCCCAGCUCUCGCCUGGCUCCACCCCUCCCUCCCAAACACAGCACCUUCUCCCACUGCCCUUCCCCACAAGCCCCCUUACGGCCCUCCGAUAUACUGGCCAAAUACUCCCACUCUAACUCGCGUUCUGCUCACAAUGACACCCCCUCAGACAGAGCGCACACACACCACACUGCCAGCACGAAAAGAUGCCAGUGGGAGGAGCUAGCUAGAAGUGAGGAGGAGAAUUCUGGGGGGUUCAGACAACCGCCCACACUCCCAAUCUCUCACAGUGAGGAUUCUGUCUCAGAGCCAAACCUCCCCUCCUGUUCCGUCUCCUCCCAGUCCUGUGGAGAGGUUGAAGUCAGAAGUUUAUAUACACCUUAGCCAAAUACAAAUACAUUUAUUACAAAUAAGUUUUUCACAAUUCCUGACAUUUAAUCCUAGUAAAGAUUCCCUGUCUUGGGUCAGUUAGGAUGACCACUUUAUUUGUAUAAUGUGAAAUGUCAAAAUAAUAGUAAAGAGAAUGAUUUAUUCCAGCUUUUAUUUCUUUCAUCACAUUCCCAUUGGGUCAGAAGUUUACAUACACUCAAUUCGUAUUUGGUAGCAUUGCCUUCAAAUGGUUUAACUUGGGUCAAACAUUUCAGGUAGCCUUCCACAAGCUCCCUGCAAUAAGUUGGUUGAAUGUUGGCCCAUUCCUCCUGACAGAGCUGGUGUAACUGAGUCAGGUUUGUAAGCCUCCUUGCUUGCACACGCUUUUUUAGUGCUGCCCACAAAUUGUCUAUAGGAUUGAUGUCAAGGCCUUGUGAUAACCACUCCAAUACCUUGACUUUGUUGUCCUUAAGCCAUUUUGCCACAACUUUGGAAGUAUGCGUUGUCCAUUUGGAAGACCCAUUUGCGACCAAGCUUUAACUUCCUGACUGAUGUCUUGAGAUGUUGCUUCAAUAUAUCCACAUCAUUUUCCGUCCUCAUGAUGCCAUCUAUUUUGGGAAGUGCACCAGACCCUCCUGCAGUAAAGCACCCCCACAACAUGAUGCUGCCACUCCCGUGCUUCACGGUUGGGAUGGUGUUCUUCAGCUUGCAAGCCUCCCCCUUUUUCCUCCGAGCAUAAGGAUGGUCAUUAUGGUCAAACAGUUCUAUUUUUGUUUCAUCAGACCAGCGGACAUUUCUUCAAAAAGUACAAACCUUUGUAUUUUGGUACAAACCAUUCGUUUCUAGGACACAGAACACUUCUCCUUCCUGAGCGGUAUGACAGCUGCGUGGUCCCAUGGUGUUUAUACUUGCGUACUAUUGUUUGUACAGAUGAACGUGUUACCUUCAGGCGUUUGGAAAUUGCUCCCAAGGAUGAACCAGACCUGUGGAGUUCAACAAUGUUUUUGCUGAGAUCUUGGCUGAUUUCUUUUGAUUUUCCCACAAUGACAAGCAAAGAGGCUCUGAGUUUGAAGGUAGGCCUUGAAAUACAUCCACAGAUACACCUCGUAUUGACUCAAAUGAUGUCAAUAAGCCUAUCAGAAGCUUCUAAAGCCAUGACAUAAUUUUCUGGAAUUUUACAAGCUGUUUAAAGGCAGAGUCAACUUAGUGUAUGUAAACUUCUGACCCACUGGAAUUUAGAUACCAUGAAUUAUAAUUUCAAUUAUCUGUAUGUAAACAAUUGUUGGAACAAUUACUUGUGUCAUGCACAAAGUAGACUAACCGACUUGCCAAAAUAAUAGUUUGUUAACAAGAAAUUUGUGGAGUGGUUGAAAAACGAGUUUUAAUAACUCCAACCUUAGUGUAUGUAAACUUCCGACUUCAACUGUAUAUAUUCCUAUCUAACAUUUAUCUUGAAGGUGGAGCAGCCUGGUUAGGGGCCUCAGAUUCAGUGAAACAGAAGAAGAGAUACAAAUAAAGGAGUGAAAAGACGUCAGAGCUCGGGUACAGCCAGAGAGAGCGGGAGAGAACCAUGUCCUCCUGACGCUGGGAGAAAAGAUAAGCACAACAUCUCUGACUCAAGAAUGGAUGGAUAAUAGGAAUAUGAAAGGUUGAUUUCCACUGUACCUGAUAAACAGCCAUUGUUAAUCUUAUGUACAUGUAUCUUAUGUAUGCCUUAAUAUGGAGGGAGAAUGCCCUGUUGAUCUACUAAUAAUGACAUCAAAGUGGAUGGACAAGGACAGACUGAUGGAGCGACUCACUGAUGCCCUCUGCUGCACAGCAGAGUAAGCUGCUGCACAGUAAACAGAGUAAGCUGCUGCACAGUAAACAGAGUAAGCUGCUGCACAGUAAACAGAGUAAGCUGCUGCACAGUAAACAGAGUAAGCUGCUGCAAAGUAAACAGAGUAAGCUGCUGCACAGUAAACAGAGUAAGCUGCUGCACAGUAAACAGAGUAAGCUGCUGCACAGUAAACAGAGUAAACUGCUGCACAGUAAACAGAGUAAGCUGCUGCACAGUAAACAGAGUAAGCUGCUGCACAGUAAACAGAGUAAGCUGCUGCACAGUUCCAAUAACAGGUGAAAUCCUUCCAUUGCUUGAUGUGUGUAUGUAGGGCAUUGAAAAUAUGCUACCUCAUAAUUUACCCCAUACUCAUACCCAUACCCCAAAACAUAUUGCAAACCUAGGCUUUAAUUCAUGACUGCAAAUUACGGCGUGGGGCAGAGUCCUUCAGAACGUUGUCCAGGUUGUAUGACUGGUACGGUAUAUAGCCUACAUACUAUAGUUGUAUGUUAAUAUGAUCAAACAUGAAACACAAAUAAAUAUUUUGCACAUCC